ACAUGCAAAGCCAACAAACCAAACCCAAUAUAAAUUCUCCAAACAGAGAGUCAAAAUUACAACACAAAAGAGAGAAGAAAAAUGGCUAAGCUUAUCACCACCCUUUUCACCAUAGCUCUCCUCCUCAGCUUUCAACUCAGCCUUGCUGCUCGUCCAGACCCUGCUUUCACCAACAACGCCCUCAAAACCCAACAACAGGACAAAGAAGCAGAGGCCAUUGCUGUUGAGGAUGGUGGGGAGAUCAGCUGCGCAGGGUUAGAGAUGGAGGAGUGCCUCAUGAGAAGGACUCUUGCGGCUCAUGUGGAUUAUAUUUACACACAGAAGCACAAACCAUGAACUUCUCUGUAUCUCUGUUGAGUAACCAAUCAAUUAUGUCUAUUUUUUUUCUUUUCUAAUGGUGAAAGGCCAUGCAAUAAGACAUCUGUUGUUACAAAUACAUCAUGUUGGUGACAAUUAAUAAGACAAAAUAAUACGUUCUCUGUGUUAUUUUUGCCAUGGGGACUUCAGAUCA